UCCGUGCCGAGCAGCCAUUAUAUCCAAGAAAACCAUAUUCAAAAAUGAUAAUACCUCACAAAAAUCAAACGUGAAACAUCAAAACGCGAACCCAGUGCAACAUAUCAGUGAAAACUACACAAUAGUUACAAUUCACGGCAAAUACAAUGUAUAAAACAACGUAAAGCAAGGAAAAAAUGGCUGCUCCGAAGAUCAAAGGCACGUUACAACAUUAAUAUCAAUGUAAUAACAUUUAACUUAGAGUAGUGUAAAGAAGUCUUCCAAUAUAGUGUUAAGGAUUAAAAUAUAUUAGCUCGUGGUAUUGUAAGUGAAAAUAUAUUAUUAUACUUAUAUAAAAAGGCAAUAUAUUUAAAAAUCAAUGUCUUCCCGUUGAUGUCAAUUUGAAAAAUAAUUCGAUUGAUAAAAUCGACAAUAAAUUAGAUAAGGUAAUAAAGAAAUCGAAGGUUUAUACUGAAGAAGUGGGUGUAAGAAAACUUCAAGAUGAUAAAUCUAGGGAAGUUCAAGUUGCCUCCGUUGAGGAAUGUGCUGGACGUGACGAUGCAGACGGUCAGGCAGCAGAUGCCUGAGAAGCCAGGUGCUCCACCGCGUCCUCCGCAAAACGUCAGGUUCGCGAAUUUAGACAACAUGGGUGAAAGCUGCGAACUUUCAACAAUGAAUGAAACCACAUCACCGACGUACCAGUCAACAAACCCUACGAACCCUUUCCUGAGUGGAGCGCUGCAGGCUGAGGACUCUUUCACCAGCUAUCAGAACACUUAUCCCCAGCAAGACGGGGCUCCAAGGACUCAAAGUAUGCAAAGCGUAGAUUUCUACGCGUCAUCUGAAGAAGGUGGUUUCGAGGAAGGCGGUGGCCCACCAGGCGCGAAGAUCAAUGAAUAUCAAGCAGCUUGGAAUGUUACCAACGCUAUUCAGGGUAUGUUCGUAGUAUCCCUGCCGUUCGCUGUGCUCCAAGGUGGUUACUGGGCGAUCGCUGCCAUGAUCGGCAUAGCCCACAUUUGCUGCUACACCGGUAAGAUCCUCGUCGAAUGCCUCUAUGAAGACGACCCUGUAUCCGGCCAACGUGUCAGAGUCCGUGACUCCUACGUCAGCAUCGCUAAAGAAUGCUUCGGCAGAAAAUAUGGCGCUAGAAUUGUAAAUAUCGCUCAAAUUAUUGAGCUUGUGAUGACAUGUAUUCUGUAUGUCGUUGUUUGCGGCGAUCUCAUGAUAGGAACUUUUCCUGACGGCGCUAUUGACGCUCGCUCCUGGAUGAUGUUAACAGGAAUAUUCCUUCUGCCAUUAGCUUUCUUGAAGUCUUUGAAAAGCGUCAGUAUGCUGUCAUUCUGGUGCACCAUGAGUCACUUGAUCAUUAACGCCAUUGUUCUGGGUUACUGUAUUCUUAACAUCGGUGACUGGGGCUGGGGUAAAGUAAAAUGGACUUUGGAUUUUGAAAACUUUCCGAUCAGUCUGGGUGUCAUUGUUUUCUCAUACACUUCGCAGAUAUUUCUGCCCACCUUAGAAGGGAACAUGGAGGAUCGAUCGAAAUUUGAGUGGAUGUUGGAUUGGUCGCACAUCGCCGCUGCUGCAUUCAAGUCUAUUUUUGGAUACUUGUGCUUUUUGACUUUCCAAAACGAUACCCAGCAAGUGAUCACAAAUAAUCUUCGCUCUGCUGGGUUCAAAGGUCUUGUAAACUUUUUCCUUGUAAUCAAGGCAGUACUGAGUUACCCUCUGCCAUACUACGCGGCCUGUGAUUUGCUGGAGCGUGCUCUAUUCAGAGGCAAACCUAAAACAAUUUUUCCUGUAAUUUACGCUUUAGACGGCGAGCUAAAAGUGUGGGGACUUGCUUGGAGACUGGGUGUGAUAAUGUUCACAAUUUUGAUGGCAAUAUUUAUUCCCCAUUUCGCUAUUUUGAUGGGUUUUAUCGGUAGCUUCACAGGAACCAUGUUGAGCUUCAUUUGGCCAGCGUACUUCCACCUCAAACUGAAGGGCAAUACACUUGAAAGUACAAGGAUUGCGUACGACUACUUUAUCAUUGCUCUCGGGGUGCUCUUUGGAGUCAUCGGUAUGUACGACUCUGGCUCGGCUCUAAUCAAAGCCUUCAAAAUAGGUUUGCCGUUCUAAUUUCCCAUAAUUAGACUCAUUGUUGAACUAUUUUUAGAUUUAUGCGUACAUGGUAAAUUAUUCUUUGUCGCAAUAACUAUGCAGUUGAAUGUUGAAUGCAUGAUUUAUGUACUUAGACAGAUGUAUUGAUAAGUUUUAUAUUAUAGGUCUGUUUAAUACCUAUAUGGACAAAAAAUAGAUUUUGUUAGAGGGUCUUAGUUUCUUCGUAUAGAGACAAUAAUGUUUAAGAGAACGAUCGCCUUUUGCCUUCGCUACUUCGUUUACUCCAGAUUUUUAUGUAUAUAGUUAUUAUUGUCUAGCUAACUAUACAAAUAUGAUAUUAUAUACUGUUAAUCCAAUGUCUUCCAAUGAUAUAUUAUGUUUUUGAAAGAUGUAACAACGAAGUCUUCCAUUGAUAAUGUUGCUUCAAAUAAGCGACUUUAUUUGCUUGUAACGUUUGAAUAUCAAAAACAUAUUUGGAUAAUAUUUACAUUAAUCUUAGAUAUUAAAUGGUAGUAGUUAUUGAGGUUGCAGUUAGCCCUGAUUAAUUCCAAACAGAAAACUAAAAUAAACAUGUUGAAUAUUAUAAUUUAUACAAAAAUAAUGUUAAUUUUAUAGUUUUUAUUAUGUUUAGUGAUACUCAAAGAUCUAUUUACAAACUUAUACAAUUUAUUUACUAAGAUAAUGCUGGUGAAGUAUACUAAGCUUAUAAUAAUAUUAUGACGAGUAUAUCCGAACUAAGUCUUCCAUUUCUAAAUAUAAUUGUUGUUGAUUAUAUUAAUAGAGUAUUGUACUAAAUUAUACAUGUUGAUUAGACUAGUUAGUUACGUUAAAAUGAAGAUAUUGUGAGAAUAUGUGAUUAUUGUGAUACCAACGUUUUGAAAUUUUAUAUUAGGUAUACAGGUGAAAUUGGUAUAGACGAGGGAAAUACUAAUUAUGGAAAAAAUAAAGAAAUAAUUGACAAUAAUAAGGAAAUAGCAACUACUGAUCGUGCAAACACAGGUGUAAAUGUAACGUACCUUGAUAAAAGUAUAGAAAUGAAAGCGAUUAGCAAAUCAACGUCUUAGUCAGUCCAAAAAGUAUUAAAACAAAUGUGGGCAAUAAACACUAAUAGAGAACUUUUGGAAAGUCUGCGAGAAAUAUUAACAGUCGCGGACAUUGAAGGAACUGAUAGAAUUUUGUAACAUAAUAUCUAAGAGGGUCUAACAAGCCAUCUGUAUAUCUAGCAUAAGAAAUUGGGCUUCCAAAAUAUCGGCGGUAAAACUUAUAUGAAUAAAAUGACGCUUGUCUUCAAUUUACGCCUAACCGUUUAGUUUUGGUUACGUAUCCACGCUUGUAUCCAUAUGAAUAUUUAGAAAUGUAUCCAAGUGCAAUAAUGUUGUAUAAAUAUACUUAAUAAUAUGUAUUGUGAUGAAAUGAACAAUUCUAGGUGUGUAUUUUAAAUAAUAUAAAAUGUUAUUCGAUAUUUGUAUUGUUUAUUUCAAUUCUUUUGAGGUUGGACCCAAUAUAUUCCCUU